AUGCUCACCUCCUCCAUCCACCGGCUACCGCCGAGGCAACCUGCCCACUUCUUGGAGAGCAGGCCGAAGCCAACUGAAGACGAGAAUGAUGAUGCAGAGGAGAUCCUCGCACCACAGUUUCAGAAGGCUGACACACAAUGCAUCCAGGAGUCGUCUGACAUCGGCCGACCCGAGCGGACGGGAGCCCGAACCAUCGCCCACACCGCGGCCGACGAGCCCAGAAUCAUCCCUGCAAUGGGUCCCCCGAAGCCCCCCGUGCCCCAUGUGGCUCCCAUCUAUCGAUUGACCGCCACGGCUCUAGGUGCCGGCAUGUGGUUCUGGCUGAUGUACAGGGCCAAGAGGGACGGCCCUGUCUUACUAGGCUGGAAGCAUCCCUGGGACCAUUGA